AGAGGCUCAUGGCUGAAGUGUCAGCAGCUGCUCCUGGUGUGGUCAAACAGGCCGUCCAGGUGAUAAAGUCCAUCGACACCCUGCAGAAACAAGCCCAAGGCCUCUGCCAGGUCCUCCGCAUGACGCCGAGCCACGCCUCCCUGCAGAUCCACAGAGAGGUGCUGGGCUUCAGCAGCCAAUCAGACGCUCCGCCUCCCGCUAACGGCAGGGUCAGCCAGCCAAUCAAGAGAGCCGUGCAGGAGAAGGCAGCCGCAGAGAGCUACAAGAAAUCAAAAGGCAUCGCGGGAACGGACUGAGUCCUCCUGCUGCACGGAAAACCCCCCUGCAGGAGGUAAAAGACACUCUGCUGAGCUGCAUUUUAGGAAAAAUGACUUGAAUGUAAACAAAUAAAAGAAUUCCCACACUUUUA